UGGUCUUCGAUGAUUUUAUAAACAAAUUUAUGCCUAUUCAAUAUCUCGGAUGUGACACAUACUAGGUUUCCAUUGAAUACUGCCUGAAUACAUUAUCAGCACUUUAUGUUCGGUUACUUAGAGACACGAUACUCCAAUAACAACCAUUGCAGCACCAAGCUAGUUGAAUUUCGUGAAGCGAAACCGAACUGACAACUUCCUGCACGGCGACAUGACUUCUUCUGUGGUGAAUGGCGGCCAAGUGUACGAACUCUCAAAGCAUCUAAAUUGCUCUCUCUGUCAUCGACUAAUCCGAGGUCCAAAGCUUUUACCGUGCCUUCAUUCAUUCUGUUUGGCUUGCCUUGAGGACUUAGUAACUGAAAACGACGUUGGUUUUAACUGCCCCCAGUGCCACACGGAGGCGAAAGUAUCCAAAGCGGCGCUGCGCGGACUUCCUACAAACUUUUUCCUGGAUAACAUGCUUGAUAUUGCUCUUAUGAACUCGAGUGACUCCAAACCUGUUCCUUGUACUAACUGCGAUUUGAAUGCGACUGCAAAUUCCAGGUGCUUGGACUGUGGAGAAUUCCUGUGCGUUGAUUGCUAUAACGUUCAUAAGAGAAUCCGCCAGACAAAGGAGCACAGAAUAAUGACUAUUUCCGAAUUGUUGGCAAGUAAUACAGAGGAAAUAUUAAGUCGAGUAGCUUACUGUAAUACCCACACAACAGAGCCACUAAAAUAUUACUGCGAGUCGUGUAAUUUAGCGGCAUGUCGUGAUUGUCUGAUUAUUGAGCACAGAGAACAUAAGUACAACUAUAUCAAGGACGCUAAAAAGGUAAAAAAGCAGAAAGCUACCUUGGAAAAUCUAUUAGAGGGAACAGUAGUCCAGAUACCGCUCGUGGAAAAGGCUGCCGCAGAUAUUCGUCAUAUGCACGAUAUGCUACACGGCAAACUAGCCACCGUCAAGUCCGAAAUUCGUGAAACUUCUCUUCGUCUCAUAAAAGUGAUUAAAGAUAGAGAGCAAACGCUUCUUGCGGAAGCCGAUGAGAUAUAUGAAAGUAAGUCGACUGUUUUAGAAAAACAGCGCGAAAACUUAGAGUUACAGUUAAUGAGACUCAAAACAGCAUCCGAGUUUUCCCAACAAGUUAUGAAAUUUGCAAAUGAAGUGGAGUUUCUAUCUCUUAAAGAGCCCAUAAUAGAGAGACUGAAUACAUUAUGUGAGUCCCAUCCAGUAACGAGACCCAGAGAAAAUGAGAUUUUGAAGUACGAUGUCGAUCUGAUUGAUUCGGAAACGACCGUAGCGCGCGCUCUAGGCAAAGUGAAAACCUAUGUUCCACAGUCAAGCGGUGUGCCAGCCAACAAUCAUGAUAUAACGAAUGGAAAUAAAGUCGACAAAAGUAAUCCUGCAGGAACUCUAGGAGAUGUUAUCAGUGUGGAGAUAAAAGACGUGCGUGGGACGCUUGUUUACCCCGAAAUUGUACAUCUCGACGAGAGGCAAGCCUGCGUACGCUACACCCCGACAUCUGAAGGGAUUCUCGAUUUGAACGUAUUCUCCCGCGGUGAGUUACUCAGCGGGUUCCCAAUCGAGAUCACCUAUGUACGUGGCCGAGCAGUCAGCCUAAGCGACCCAGUCCCACGUGGUCGUAAUGCAAAGCAAGCAUUUGUGGGCAGCGGUAGCAGGUUUGGUCGACUUUCGGACCCGCAGGAUGUCGCUGUCGAUAAGAAUGGUCACGUGAUCGUCUGCGAUUCCAAGAACCAUAGGAUUCAGGUCUUUGAUAUGAACAGCAAGUUCCUGUUCCGGUUCGGUUCCCUGGGGCGAGGGGAGGGUCAGCUCCAGUCUCCUAGCGGCGUAGCCGUCACGCCCGACGGGAACAUCGUGGUGUCAGACAUGAUAAACAAUAGAAUGCAGGUGUUUAGCAUAAAGGGGGAGUUUCAAAGAGCUUUUCCCGAGGACGAGAGCUUGCAUCAUCCCAGCGGGGUUGCCGUGGAUACAGACGGUCGCGUCAUUGUAGUCGAUCGUGGCAACGCACGUAUUGUUAUCUACGAUAGCAAGGGAAACCAUGUCACCAGUUUCGGUAGCCUUGGCAACGGUCGCGGCCAGUUUAACUGCCCAUCGCAUGUGGCUAUCAAUAGUAAAGGUCACAUCAUCGUGUCUGACUUUGGUAAUGACAGGAUUCAAGUGUUCAGUUCCACUGGAAGCUACAUGUUCAGAUUUGGGCGGAGCGGCAGAGGGGAUGGGGAGUUUAACUGGCCGACUGGAGUGGGCGUGAAUAGCCGGGACGAGGUGAUUGUAAGUGACUCGUUCAAUCACAGGAUCCAAAUCUUCCGCGCGGAUGGAAGCUACCUGAGUCAGUUUGGUAGCGAGGGGAGUAGGGAGGGGGAGUUUAAGAGGCCCGAGGGCGUGGCUGUCGCUCACCAGGGGAGUAUAGUCGUUGCCGAUUGGGGGAACGAUAGGAUACAAGUGUUCUAGACGUUUAUUUAUCUCUAAAAACAACAUCUAAGUGUCAAGAAACAUGUUUCCCGAAGAUGUGUAGUGUGGCAACGCUGAUCUUAAACCUACUCACUAAAAGUGUUUGCUUUGUGUUUUCUGUUCUAAAUGAUCACUUUACAUCAACUAUAAAUAGUGGGGCUCCUGAUAUCCUCUUGAAUACUACUGAAUAUCAUACUUUCUCUGCUACAGAAGUCUUGUCUCUCUCAUCAAAUAUUAUGUUAGGAGCAAGUGCUAAUGCCGAAGCCUUAGCAGCACCAUCUACUAGAACCGUCUUGGGUCCCAAACUCUCUUGUGUCGGGGUCUAAUCGGGAGAAACGCUAUACGGCCCUUGAAAACAGACAUCAGAAAUGGGUUUGUUGCAAUGGUCACAUCGACGAAAUUUAUGACUAUGAAUAAGCUUUAAUUUAAUUUAACAACUAUAAUAAUUGUUUUAGAAAGACAUUCACUCACAGGCUAGAAAUGCAGCAGAAGAACGCAUAACUCCACAUUUAUUAAAACCGUCGAAAGUAGAUGCAGAUGUUCAUCGUAAUAACCUGCACGUAAGAUUUACCUUUGACGAACUUAGAGUUGCUGCAUCGCUUAGUUUCACAGCUCCACUGCGCGUUUUGACAAGUGCUGCAAGAGUAAAUGCAUGUUAGAUCAUAUCCCAGAGCCAGAUAUAUAGGGCCAGCUUGAAAAACUUAGAAGUAAUAGACAACAGGCCCGUACCGGGAUUUUUCUUGGGGGAAGGGGGGGGGGGGGGGGUGCGAAAUCCGAAAGAAAAUGGACCUAAUUUUUCAUGGGUGAGGGGAGGGUGAGGGAGUUUCCCAUGCAGAUGGAAAAUCUGCCCACCCCCGAAAGAACGGAAAGGGUUUUUUUUAAUUACUUUUGCAGUAUUUCCAAGGAACGUUUAUUGUCGGAUUUGACUACAAAAAGUCUUAAAGCUUAUGCUUUAUAGUUUUGUCCACAAAAAUAGCACGUCUAUUGAGAACCGAAAAUGGACUUUCGGCCGUUGUGUGUGUGUGGGGGGGUGCGUUCGCAUCCCCUGUACCCCCUUAAAUACGGGCCUGGACAAGCUCCACGCCUUACCACAUCGUGCAACGAUCAGGGAGGACAAUUCUUUCUCCGCUCAAGAGCUUGUCACCAUUAUAAUGACACGCUGAAUAAAUAAAAGCAUUUCAAAGUUA